AUGAAGUCAAGGAUGAGUGAAUCAGGAGAAGGUGGUUUAAAUAACUUGAGUUCUCCCAUACCCUACCUCUUUGGUGGCUUAGCCCUCAUGCUUGCAGUCAUAGCUGUUGCAUUACUCAUGAUAGCUUGUUCUUAUCGUAAAAACUAUUAUGUUUCAAACUCUGCAAGUGAUGAAGAGAAACCACCCAAGAUGGUGGAAGAGGAGGUGGAUGUUUCAGAGCCAAAGAUUGUUGUGAUCAUGGCCGGGGAAAGCAACCCCACUUAUUUGGCCAAGCCAGUCCCUUCCAUAAGCCAUGACGAACCAGUUAUUUGA